GCCGCGACGAAGACCGUCGUGCACGCCCCGAGGCAGACCUACCUCCAGGGCCCCGACUUUGCGGUGCCUUUGGACCAGGGCGUGGAGCGGCUCUUUGCUCCGGAGGUCUUCCAGCUCCUUCAAGCCCAGAAGUGCAUUUUGCUGGAUGUGCGCGAUGCUGACCGCGACGUCGGCUUCAUCGAGGGCUCCAACCACGAGCCAACAAGCUUCCAAAACCCGCUUCUGAAGAGGGUGCCGGAGCUCGUGGAGAAGUAUCGCCAGGAGAAGCUGGUGAUCUUCCACUGCCAGUACUCGCUGCACCGGGGGCCCCAGUGCGCCAACUGGUACCGCGCACGGGCCGACGCCAAGCAGCACCCAUAA